AGCUGCUAGUUGAGAAAUGGCGUUCACAGGUUCUAACCUCACUCCACAGCACGCCAUUUAACGAUAGUUAUUCCCAUUUUUUUACCUCCUGAUAUAUAAACACAAGAAAAAUGUUUACGAUAAAACUCGCCCAGAAUCGCUUGGUGUUUAUGGGCAGAAUGAACUUCUUGCAGGUCUACCAGCCAUACACUGGUAAAGGUACACCAAUUCGACAACGCGAGAUGUACAAGCAUAAAGGUCGAUUUAGUGCGAAAAGAACAAUGAAUUUUCAAAAUUCUGCUGCGAGAAAGAGCGUUAACAUCCGUCUGUACGCCAUCAGGGCCAGCGUUAAGACUGACGAUGCUCCAGACGUUCUAAACCGACUGUCCACUGAAAUACAGGGCAGUUGCAAAGCUGAUGCCAUCAUUAGACUUUCCUCGAGGUUUCACACCGGUCCAAAGGCGAAAACUGCUACAGAAACCUUAAGCCGACUGCCCACAAGGAUACAAGCCAAUCUGAGCAGCGCCAUUACCUUUCAGUCCUUUUUGAGGCCGUCAGGGUUUGUGAAUCAAGCGCGGCUUUUGGUUACGAAGUCUGACAGUCACCCAGACACUGGAGACCCAAAUGGAACAGACCAAAUUGAGCACGCCUCCAAGCCGUCUAAUGGGAAAGUAAAUAUAAUCGAAGUGGCGAACUCCACCCAAAUUGAAAAAGUUGCUCAAAAGUUACCCAAUCCGAAAAACGUCGUGCACAACUUCUUCAGCGUAUUGGCCGACGAGAUGAAUGAUCCAGCCAUGAAAAUGAGCCCAACCUACAAGGCGAUGGCAGGAAAAGCUGGAAAUGUUUCUUGGGCUUGUUGCUACCACAUGAAAUGGCCGGAAAACAUCAAAGUUGUGGCUCGCGAAACCUCAAAGCAUAAAGCCAGCGCCUUGGCGGCCAGAAAAGUGAUCGAUCUGCUGAUGACAAUGGGGAGACUGUCCGCGGAUGGCACACCGAUAUUCUACAAUAAAGAGGAUGUGAAGGAGAUACGCAAGCAAAAACAAACAGCCAUCAACUUGGACAAGUCCUCAAUCAUCCACAUGCAGAACAUUAUUAAUAUUUUCAACUCCGAUAUGAAGCAGAUGGUGGAAACAGCCGAAGUACAACCAGCGGAUGAAUCCAGUGGGUUUCUUGCCGAGGACAAGCAAUCAGCCAAGCUAUUUAUGGCUAGAGAACCGCAUUUUUUGUCCGCUGGCCAGUACUUUGCUAAGGAAAAAGUCAGUUUACCAGUAACUAAGUUAAAGGAAGAAUUCAUCGAUCUGAUUCAGCAAAACAACUGCAUAAUAGUGCAAGGAGAGCCGGGCUGCGGCAAAUCAAGCAGAAUCCCUCAAUACGUGUUGGAGGCUUGGAUUAAAGAGGAAACAGCUAGUGAAAGCUUUUGCCGCAUUGCUGUUACGCAACCGCGACGAAUUGCCGCUAUUUCGUUGUCCGAUAGAGUGGCUUCUGAGCGAGAUGAAGAACUUGGUCACAUUGUGGGGUACCAAGUGCGGCUCAAGUCCAGAUUCGAGCCGCGAACCGGUCGCAUCCUUUACUGCACGACUGGAAUCCUUCUGAGGCAUUUGCAGAACGAUCAGAACCUGUCCCGGUUCAGCCACAUCAUCCUGGAUGAGGCGCAUGAACGGGACAUCAACACCGAUCUGCUCAUGAGUUUGCUAAGAACGGCGUUGCACGAGAACCCCCGUCUGAAGUUGGUUGUGAUGAGCGCCACUAUUGAUGCCAAAGCAUUCUCGGAAUAUUUUGACGGCGCCCCAGUGUUCAGCAUUCCCGGGUUUACAUACCCGGUUAAAAGACACUAUCUGGAGGACUUGGACGGGAACUAUUCGAGGACGCUGAAAAUGUGCCAGCAGGACAAUCCGCAGGUGAUCCAUGAAGAUGUUGUGCAGGUGAUCGAACACAUUCACUACAACAAGCCCGAAGGGGCCAUCCUAGUGUUUCUCCCGGGCUGGGAGGAUUUGUCGAAAAUUCGUCGCCUGUUGAACCUCCCGCAUGAGGCGGUGGUACAUCUCGUUCACUCAAAACUCAAAGACUCCGAACAGUACAGCAUUUUCUCAAAACCUCCGCCUGGCAUCAGAAAGAUCAUUUUAGCCACCAACAUUGCCGAAACCUCCAUAACCAUUGACGAUGUGGUUUAUGUGAUAGACACUGGCUGCCACAAGGACAUGAUCUUUGAUAACCACAAAGGAAUCAAUGUCAUUGAUAUGGCUUGGAUCUCCAAGGCCAGCGCCAAUCAGCGGGCAGGACGGGCUGGCCGAUGCUCGCCUGGCGAAACCUUCCAUUUGUACUCGGAAAAACGAUACCAUCAAAUGCCCGAUUAUACUGCCCCGAAGAUAUUGAACUCUUCCCUCACCAAGGUGGUACUGGACUCGAAAGUAUUCACCGACAACAUGGGCGCGGCGCAGUUCAUGGACAGCUUAAUCACACCACCUGAAACUGCCGCUGUCAAAAGAGCGGUGGAUGAGCUGAAGCAACUCGAGCUUUUGGACAAAAACGAAAAGCUGACGCCGUUGGGGCGAACCCUGGUUAAUUUCCAGCUGGAGCCCUGCCUGGCCAAGGCAAUGGUCAAUAGUGUGAUAUUCAAGUGCGUUACUCCCAUAGUGGACAUCAUUACGCUCUUUUCUUCGGGCACUGAUCUCUUCGGGUCGCUGAGUCUAACCGAUAAGGAGGCCGUGAAGAAGGUCAAGUCUCAGUACUGUCGCACCUCCGAUCAUCUGGCUUUGAUGAGGAUCUACGAAAAGUGGCUCGACCUGGUUGAAGAAGGCAAUCCAUGGGACGCCGAGCGGUUUUGCCGCUCGGCCAAUCUGGUUCCUUUUAAGCUGGAAUUAAUCAACAAAUUGCAAGACAUCCAUUUGGGCUAUUUGAGAUCGGGAUUACGCCACUCAAUGCCAAUCGAGGAUCGGUUUUCCGACAACGACGAGCUGGUCAAGGCGGUUUUAUAUUCGGGAACUGGCACAGUUCUGGAGCAUCGUGAUUGGGACUUGGUGAAAAAUCGACUCAAAACCAACGUCAACGUCCUAGUCACCAGGAAUAAUCACAAAGCGACGAUCACUUCGGAGAGCGUCAACUACAAAAGGCGCCAGUUCCCGUCCAAUUUCCUCGUUUACAUCAACGAAACGCGGUCGAAUGUUCGCAGAACCACCACCGUUCGCGAAUGCAGCCUCAUUCCUGCCAUUUCAGUGCUGUUGUUUAACAAUAAUGACCUGGAGGUCAUUCAGCUGGAGUCCAGUGAUGCACUCAGCGACAGUUCAGUCAUUAUUGGUAUAAAAAAUACCAAGUUGCAGUUCCUGUGCGAUAGAGCGCAUGCCAAUAUUUUGAUUGAUUGCAAACAAGCCAUCGAGACUUCGUAUCGCUAUUUGGUGCAUCAGUUAACGUGCGCAGGAAUGGAUAUUCCCGAAUUUCUGGAACAUUGGGAUUGUGUGCUGGAUAAUGUGGACGCACUUCUCAACAGGAAUCAGAUAGAGUAAGCUCAAUUGUUAUGUCGUUUCAGUGAGGCGUUCUGUUCCAUGUAAAUAUUAAAAAUCAUAUAUUGAACUUAACUAGGA